UUGUCUAUCUUCUCAUAUUUCCUUCCUUCUUUCUUCUUCUCGUGUCGUCUAUCGCUUUCUUUCAUCUUUUGUUUCAAAUGUUUUUUCUGUUCUGUUUUCCUUUUAAAUUUCUUCAAUAUUUCUUCCCCCACACUUUCUUUUUCUCAAUUCACAUUCCUUCAGUCUUUUGAAUAUUUCCUUCCUUCCUUCGUUCCUACUUUCCUUUCUUCCUGUCUUCCUUCCUUCCUUCCUUUCUUCCUUCCUUCCUUCCUUCCUUUCCUUUCUUUCCUUCGUUCCUGCAUUACUUUCCUUCUUUUCUUUAUUUCUUUCCUCUUUUCCUUCAUUCCUUCCUUCCUUCAUUCCUUCCUUCCUUCCUUCCUUCCUUCCUUUCCUAUUGUUUUCCUUCCUUCCUUCCUUCCUUCCUUCCUUUUUUCUUCCUUCCUUCCUUUCUUCCUUUCCUUCAUUCCUUCCUUUCUCCCUUCCUUCCUCACAUCAUACCUUCCUUCCUUACUUUACUUUCCUUUCCUUCCUUCAUUCUUUCAUUACUUUGCUUCCAUCCUUUUCUUCUUUCCCACUUUCCUUCCCUCUUUUCUUUCUUAUUUCAUACUUUCCUUCAUUCCUUUCCCAUUCUUUUCCUUCCUACCUUCUUUCCUUUCCUCCUUUCCUUCCAUCCUUCCUUCCUUUCUAUACUUUUCUUUACCGUCUUUCCUUCCUUCCUUCCGUCAUUUCUUUCCUUCCUUCUUCCUUCCUUCCUUCCUUCCUUCCUUCCUUCCUUCAUUCCUUCCUUCCUUUCUUUCUGCCUUCCUUCCAUUCUUCUUUUCCCUCCUCCCUUCCUCCGUUUAUUUCCUUCCUUCCUUCCUUCCUUCCUUCCUUCCUUCCACUCUUUCUGCCUUCCUUCCAUUCUUCCUUUCCUUCUUCCCUUCCUGCCUUAUUUCCUUCCUUUCCAUUCCUUCCUUCCUUCCUUCCUUCGUUCCUUUCCCCCAUUUCAUUCUUCCUUCCUCCUUUUCCUUCAUUCAUUUCUUCCUUCCAUUACUUCCUUCAUUCCAUUCCUUCCUUCUUUUCCUUCCUUCCUUCCUUCUUUCCUACUUUAUUACCCUACUUCCUUUUUUCCUUCCUUCCUUCCUUCAUUCCUUUCCGUCCUUCUUUCCUUCCACCCUUUCCUUCUUUUUUUCUUCCUUCCUUCCUUUCUUGCUUCCCUUCAUUUCUUCCUUUCUCCCUUCCUUCCUCCUUCCUUCCUUCCUUCCUCCCGCCACCCUUAAUUCCUUCCUUCUAUCCUUUUUUGCUUCCUUUCCUACCUUCCUACUUCCCUUUUUUCCUUCCUUUACUUCCUUCCUACCAUUCUUCCUUCCUCCCAUUCCUUUCCUUUCCAUUCUUUCAUUCGUUCUUUCCUUCCUUCCUUCCUUCCUUCCUUCCUUCCUUCCUUCCUUCCUUCUUUCUUUCUUUCCUUCCUUCAUUCCUUCAUUUUUUUCCUUCCUUCCUUUCAUUCCUUUCCUUCCUUCCCUUUCCUUUCCUUCCUUUCUUCCUUCUUUCCUUCCUUUCUUCCUUUCCUUCCUUCCACCCUCCCUUCCUUCCUUCCUACCUUCCUUCCUCACUUCCUACCUUCCUUCCUUCCUUUACUUUACUUUCAUUCCUUCAUUCCUUCAUUACUUUCCUUCCGUCCUUUUCUUCUUUCCCCCUUUCCUUCCAUCUUUCCUUUCUUCUUUCCGCCUUUCCUUCCUUCCUUCCUUUCCCAUUCAAACCUUCCUACCUUCCUUCCUUUCCUUCUUUCCUUCCAUCCUUCCUUCCUUUCUUUACUUAUCUUUACCUUCUUUCCUUCCUUCCUUCCUUCCUUCCUUCCUUCCUUCCUUUCUUUCUGCCUUCCUUCCAUUCUUCCUUUCCUUCCUUCCUUCCUUCCUUCCUUCCUUUCUUUCCUUCGUUCCUGCAUUCCUUUCCUUCCUUCCUUUCCUUCUUUCCUCUUUUACUUCCUUCCUCCUUUCCUUCCUUCCUUUCCUAUUGUUUUCCUUCUUUCCUUCCGUCCUUCUUUCCUUCCUUCCUUCCUUCAUUCCUUUCCUUCCUUUCUUCUUUCUUUCCUUCCUUCCUUUCUUCCUUCCUCCCUUUCUUUUAUUCUUCCUUACUUCCUUUCUUCCUUUCCUUCAUUCCUUCCUUUCUCCCUUCCUUCCUCACUCCAUACCUUCCUUCCUUCCUUCCUUCCUCACUUCAUACCUUCUUUCCCUUUCCUUUCCUUCCUUCAUUCCUUUCCUUCCUCCCUUUCUUCCUUCCUUCCUUUCUUUCUUCCUUUCCUUCCUUCCUUCUUUCUUUCCUUCAUUCCUUCCCCCCUUUCUUCUUUUUUCUUUCCUUCUUUAUUCCUUUCCUUCCUCCUUUUCUUUCUUCCUUCCUUUCUUUCUUCCUUUCCUUCCUUCCUUCCUUCCUUCCUUCAUUCCUUCCCCCCUUUCUUCUUUUUUCUUUCCUUCUUUAUUCCUUUCUUUCCUCCUUUUCUUUCUUCCUUCCUUUCUUUCUUCCUUUCCUUCCUUCCUUCCUUCCUUCCUUCCUUCCUUCCUUCCUUCCUUCCUUCCUUUUUUCUUUCCUUCUGUACUUCUUUCCUUCCUCCCUUCCUUCCUUUCUUCCUUUAAUCCUUUCCUUUUAUUUUCCUUCCUUCCUUCUUUCGUUCGUUCCUUCUUUUCUUCCUUUCUUUCUUUCUUUCUUUCUUUCUUUCUUUCUUCCUUCCUUUCCAUCCUUCCUCCCUUCAUUCCUUUCCUUCCUUCCUUCUUUCCUUCCUUCCUUCCUUCCUUCCUUCCUUCCUUCCUCACUUCAUACCUUCUGGCCUCUUUUCCCCCCUUUUCCUUUGCUUCUUUUAUUUCUGUUUUCCUUAGUCUAUUUUUUUUUAAUCUCCUCCACCUUAUUCUUUUUCUUUCUUUCAUUUCUCUCCUCCCCGCACUUCUUCUAAACAGGGCUCUUUAUUCACUGUCCGAAAAGUUUAUCGAAACAAGCCAGUUAUUUAAAAUUAUAUCACUUCCUCUCCCACUUCCGCUUUUUAACCAUUAUUUUAUUCUAUCUAUCUAUCUAUCUAUCUAUCUAUCUAUCUAUCUAUCUAUCUACGCCUAUUAUCUAUCUAUCUAUCUAUCUAUCUAUCUAUCUAUCUAUCUCAGUCUGUUCAUUAUCUAUCUAUCUAUCUAUCUCAGUCUGUUCAUUAUCUAUCUAUCUAUCUAUCUAUCUAUCUAUCUAUCUAUCUCCGUCUCUUCACCAUCUAUCUAUCUAUCUAUCUAUCUAUCUAUCUAUCUAUUGCAUAUGCUUAUGUUUACCUAUCUCAGUGUUUCUCCAACUAUCUCUAUAUUUAUCUCAAUUGUUCACAUGUCGAAUAUAUUCGUCUUGUCAGAAAUGUCACUGUUUAUUCGUCUAUAUUGCACUACGGGAUGA